AUGCCGGCUUACCACAUAGAACAGAUGAGUGCAGACUCAGAAGCAGACUAUGAUUCCUGCGUCGAAGAGCAUUCCGAUUCCAGCAAGCUCAGUUCCCCCAUGGGGACGGAGAAGCAGAUAUCGGUGGAUCCGCUAUCGUUGAUGCAAAUGGUGAAGGCAGGCGCUGCUGCCGCCGAUCUGAUGACGCAUCUGCCGUCUCUGCCGCCGCUCGCGCGGCCCAAGUUUGUGAGCUGCAGCCUUCCUGGUUCUGCGCUCUCCUCGCCGAAGUUCCACAAGAGUUCCAAGAAAUGGAGCAAUCUAGCUCGCCAGCACUCGGCCGCCCUCUCUCGGUUCGCCAUGGAACAGAGGAUGUCCCUGCGAAGGAGCAAGUCGUGCGGGGAGGGGAGAUCCUCCGCGCCAUCCGAUGACCUCAUCGACAUUUUGUCGACAAGAUCGAGCACUGAGCAUUCCGGUAAUGAAGAUUGCGUCGUCGAUGAGCCCAGAGACGAGAACAGCAGCUUUGAGGAUCCCAGAGAACUGCGUCGUCGUCAAGGCGAGGAGAGUGUGAAGUGUGGAUGCUUGUUCUUGCCUGGUUUAUCCCACAAGAAGAAACAAGUCACCUUGCAGGCCUACCAAGCGGAACCCAAGGCCGAACAGGUGCAGAAAUUGGAGGCCACCCGAGAAGACGAAGAAGAAGAGGCUAUCGAUAAGGGCAGGAUUAGCACUGUCCCACGGGCGGUUUCUCUCGAGAAAUUCGACUGCGGGUCUUGGACGUCGUCGUUGUCGCCCGCUUUGGGCGGUGAUGUUGAUGACGGUGUUCACUCCUGCUUCGACUUGCCACUGGAGUUGAUCAGAAGCGGCCACAACGACACCGACUCGCCUGUCAGUGCGGCCUUCGUGUUCGACAGGGAUCGCAAGGGAGUUCUGAAGAAGAGCUCGUCGAGGUUCGGCUCGAGUAAGUCGCAGGCGUCGUCGUCGAACCGCCACGUGAGAUUCUCAACGUCGGGGCCCAUCUCUUAUCCAGCAUCGCCAUCCUCUACCUGCAUCACGCCGCGGUUGCAGAAGGCGAGAGAGGAGUUCAACGCGCUCUUGGAGGCACAGAGCGCAUAG